GACCUCGUCUCACUCAUCUGAAUCUUCUGAUUCUUCUCUCAUUCUCUGCGUUCUCACUUCCCAGUUCCCAGUUCCCAGUUCCCAUUCACUUUCAUUUAGGGUUUCAUACUUUCAUUUUUCGUCACCGUUUGCCGACUACCGCCCAUCGCUCGCUCGCGGAGCCUUGUGAGUCUGUGACAACCCUCGCCUCGCUGCUUCAGCUUCACGAACCACGGAACCAGGUCAUAUGGAGGUUACUAAUGAAGAACACAUUGACUAUGAUUUGAGCGAGCCAACUAUGGGUGAGAAACUUGAAAGCUUAAAUUUACUGAAUCAUGGUAACAGCACAAGCCAUGAGAAACAAGAUUCUUCUCCUCACACAAAGCUUCCAAGUGCCGACUCUAUUCAUAUUCUGCUUAAGCAAGCCCUACAUGCUGAUGAUCGUGCACUUUUGUUAGAUUGCCUUUACACACAAGAUGACAAGGUUAUCUCAAAUUCCACUUCACAAUUAAAUUUGCCUGAUGUCCUCAAGCUUUUAGACUCCCUCUUAUCUAUUAUACAAUCGAGGGGUGCAAUCUUGGUAUGUGCCCUGCCAUGGCUGAGAAGUUUACUUCUACAACAUUCAAGCCGAAUAAUGUCCCAAGAAUCUUCUUUAAACGCUCUCAACUCUUUAUAUCAGGUCAUUGAAUCAAGAGUUUCAACAUUCCAGCCUGCUCUUCAGCUCUCAAGUUGCUUAGACUUACUUUAUGCCGGGGUGGUCCUUGACGAGGUAGACGAGAAUGAUACAAUAACACCAAUUAUAUUUGAAGACAAAGAUGAGAGUGAUGAGGAAUCUGAAGAUGCCAUGGAAACUGAUCAAGAGAGUGAAGAAGAAAGAGACGACAAAUUAAAUGGGUCCAGUGAUAUUAAAGGGGGUGAUGACAUCAGUGACUAACAGCAGAUAAGUUAAAAACUGCUGCUGUGUGUUCCUCCUCUUGUUCUUCAUUUUCGUUUUUGUUUUUUUUUUUUUCAAAUGUUUGGCUAGCUUAAGAUUAAGUUUUUGAAUGACCAAACAAGGCCAAAAUUUGGAUGUAUUUUUGUAGGCUCUCCAUUGUUCUAAUUAAAAAUUUUAUGAAUUUUUAAACUUGAUUCAAUGUGUUAUUGAACAUUUUA